UUUGGGGAGGUUGGCAGGGGCGUGGUGUGACACCGGACAGGCUGAUGACUCUGUGGAUUCACUCAUGCAUGGUCACACAAUGUGACAGUCCAGACAUGGCUGGAAACGGGAGGCAGCUCCGUUUAACCGAGCCCCAUCUCCGACUCCAAGCCGCCUCCAAAAACUAACAACAACAAAAGGAAAACUUUGCCUUGCGCAAGUUAACGGGCCCGGGACAGACAGCGCGACAGGCAGAUUGAAGACGUUUAUGCAUGAAUGAGUUUGAGAGGCAGCAUUUAAAAAAAAAAAAAAAAAGUUUGUUGGGUUGACAGAGAGGCGACAGGUUGCGAGUUUGGGAUCAGGGAGACAGAGGGAGGGUCGCUGCAGCCGCGGGAGGUCUACACGCUUUUCAACGCACUCAAAUGAUGGCACCAAUGAGGGCAGAUGGAUUUGCUUUUCGUAUUUAAGUAUGACAUCUCCGGUCUAAAGGUAUGACGGAUAAACACUGCUGUGAAUGCUUUCCUGUGCUUAACUGGGAGUAAAGUGAGAUCAAGUAAAUGAAGAAUGCCAUCAGGUGUCAUACAUAUUGUGAACCCUAGUCGAUGGAUUUAUUACCUUUAAUACAAGAAUAUUUUACCUGUACUUUCUCCAUAGGCUAGAAAUCUUGAAGCAUGGGCGACUGGAGCUUUCUGGGGCGGCUGUUGGAGAACGCUCAGGAGCACUCAACGGUCAUCGGCAAAGUCUGGCUGACCGUCCUCUUCAUCUUCAGGAUCCUGGUGCUGGGGGCUGCGGCUGAAGAAGUCUGGGGAGACGAGCAGUCCGACUUCACCUGUAACACGCAACAGCCCGGUUGCGAGAACGUCUGCUACGACGAGGCCUUCCCCAUCUCGCACAUCCGCUUCUGGGUGCUGCAGAUCAUCUUUGUGUCCACGCCGACUCUCAUCUACCUGGGCCAUGUGCUACACAUCGUCCGCAUGGAGGAGAAGCGGAAAGAGAAGGAGGAGGAGAUGCGCAAAGCAAACAGGUUCCAAGAGGAGAAAGAACUCCUUUAUAAAAAUGGUGGAGAAGUUGGAGGAGGAGGAGAAGGAGGCGGCAAGAAGGAGAAGCCGCCAAUCAGGGACGAGCAUGGCAAAAUCCGUAUCAGAGGCGCAUUGCUGCGGACCUAUGUGUUCAACAUUAUUUUCAAGACUCUGUUUGAAGUGGGAUUCAUUUUGGGCCAGUAUUUACUCUAUGGCUUCCAGCUGAGGCCCCUGUACAAGUGUGCACGUUGGCCCUGCCCCAACACCGUUGACUGCUUCAUAUCGAGGCCCACUGAAAAGACUAUUUUUAUUAUAUUUAUGCUUGUGGUGGCUUGCGUGUCUCUUUUGCUGAAUUUGUUAGAGAUCUAUCACCUUGGAUGGAAGAAAGUUAAACAGGGCAUGACAAAUGAGUUUGCCCCCGACCACGAGUCGCUGCGGCGUGUCAACAUUGCAGAGCCUGAGUGUUUGGCCUCGGCCUCCAGAACUGCCCCAUCCAGCCUCAGCUACCCUACCAACUACACAGAUGUGAAGGCGGGCAGCGGGGCGUUCCUGCCGCCCAUGGGGCCAGCAGCCGUGCCCUCAGCAGCGGAGUUCAAAAUGGACAAACUCCAGCAGGAGGAGUCCCUCCGUCAGCCCUCCCCCUCUUCCCACUACUACAUAAGCAACAACAACAACCACAGGCUGGCCACACAGCAGAACUGGGCCAACUUGGCCACCGAGCAGCAGACUCGGGAGAUGAAGGCCACCUCCCCCUCCCCCUCCUCCUCUUCCUCUACCAGCACCAAAAAGGAGCAGCAACAGCAGCAGCAGAAGCAGCAGCAACCCGUCGAUGCUGCACUGCUCCCUCCAACCAGCAACACCACCAGUAACACCAACAACACCAAUUCAACUGCCACUGCCGCCUCCAGCAGCAGCAGCAGCAGCAGCCAUGGCACUGCAUCCAACGCAGGCAGCUGGAGUGGAGGCAGGAGCGAGCAGGAGGAAGGCCACGUCACCACCACCACUGUGGAGAUGCACGAGCCUCCAGUAACGGUCAGCACAGACCCUCGGCGGCUCAGUCGGGCCAGCAAGAGCAGCAGCAUCAGGGCCAGGCCGAGCGACCUGGCUAUCUAAAUCUCUUCAGCCCUUUCAUGUCCCUAAACCUUCCCUGACUAACACCCCGCUUCCCCAGACCCCACCCCCAAAACACAGUGAUUCUCAGACAAAACGAUCGCACACAUGCAUAGAGCAAAAAAAAA